AUGCCAUCCGAGCAGAGAGAAAACUUGGAUAACAACCUCCCAAAGAUCAACCGCCUCAUAACCACCCACGACGACAAAGGCAAAGCAGUCUUCGCUUCCGAUGUCAAAGAUGAGCUACCUUUCGAGGAACUACCGGAUGGAGCUCGUUUCUGCCUUGGCUACGCGACGAACUCAGUUCCCGCCGAUCUCAAUGACGAUCAAGACGUCCGCACCUAUGAGAAAUACCUUGACAACAAGCCUGGAGUGAUGAUCCCUAAUGGCACGGUUUGUCGCGUCGUGGACAUGCGCCCUGGUGCUACAAGCCCCAUGCACAGGACAGUGAGCUUGGACUAUGGUGUUGUGCUGGAAGGCCAGGUUGUUCUGGUUCUGGAUAGUGGUGAGGAGAGGCUUCUACAAAGAGGCGAUAUCGCGGUGCAAAGGGGAACGAACCAUGCUUGGAGAAACAAUAGCAGCAAGGAUUGGGCAAGGAUGCUUUAUGUUCUGCACGAGGCCGAGCCUAUUUGUAUCGGGGGAAAGGAGUUGGAUGAAGAUUAUGGAGGUAUUCCUGGAGUCAAGCCAUCAAAGGGAACACAUGUACUUGGAUUCGUAGCAGCAGCCUAG